AGGAGCAGGAGAGAUUCGCUGUGAGUCCGAGCUGAUAAAGAAUUCUGGCUCUCUGUGUCCACACUGUUUCCUGUGGCCUCUCCCCUCCAUGGCCCUCCUGGCUCUCCCCGUGGCAUUGCUGGCAAUGACUGUGACCACCGCGGCCAUUAAGGUCAUACCCCUGGACAUGGCCUGGGACUCCUUCGAUGACCAGUACCAGGGCUGUGGCCCUGCCAUGAGGGCGCAGCUGCCAGCCCUGAACCGCUCUGAGCUCCAGAAGAAUCCUCUGUUUGCCAAGGUCUGGCCUGAAGCCAUGAGAGAGUGGCAGAGACGGGGGUCUCGUUUGUACCCUCUGUCGUCCAAAGACCAGGCCAUCGCCAUCAUGGCCUACACCAUGAAUGACCUGCACCAGGAGUUCAAUGAGGAAGUCAGCAUGGCCGGGAGCUCCCCCCUGGCAUACCGGGACAAAUUCCACUUUAAAACUCUGCAUUUCCUUCUGACUGAUGCCCUGCUCACACUGAGGGAUUCUCCGGGACAUAAAUGUCGCUGUGUGUACUGGGGGGUGGAUGACUACACGUUCGAGGCGAAUGUUGGUGACACCGUGCGGUUCGGUCGAUUCGCGUCGUCGUCUCUUUGCAAAGGUGUCGCCCAGGGAUUCGGGAGCGCCACGGUGUUCGUGGUGAAGACAUGUCACGGGGGGCACAUAGAGAGAUUCUCCAGAGUUGAGCGUGAGAAGGAGGUGCUGAUCCCACCCUUUGAGAAGUUCAAGGUCACCAAAGUCAAGGGGAAGGCGAACGUGCAGAUCCACCUCAAAUCCAUCGGGACUGAGAGCAAAUACAACUGCGAGUGGGUGACAGGUGGUAGCGGCCCCAAAGCCCUCGCCAUCUCAGGGGACUCCUCCUGGUCACCACAGCUCUGGCAAGGGCCACAGGGAUCCUCUGAGCCACAAAGCGACGAAGAUAUCUGUGGUCACUGUAACAUCUACGAUUCCCAAGACCACCAGGACACUCAGAAAAACAAGGCCACCAAUGCUACCACGGCCACAACUGCCACUAUGGCUGCCUUGGUUGCCAUGGCCUCCAUGUGGUCACUGUGGCCACCACUGGCACUGUGACCACAUGUGCUGGUUGUGCAUGAAAAGUCACCUGAGAAGAGGAGCACAAAGCCCAGAGACACACAGAGGCUAUUCCCUCUAUGAGAACUUCCUCUGUGAGCUGCAGGGACAAACUGGAAAGCUGAUUUAAUAAUUGAUAGCCUGGCUAACCAUUUAAAAAUUAUUUUGCUUUCAUGAUUUACACCAGCAAAGUUAAUCUCUCUCUUUUGACUUCUGGCCUCUGAAGGUAAGACCGGCCAGCCCAGCUUGGCCAGGCCCGGCCACCCUCCCCAUGCAGCCCAGCCAAGCAGGGGUGGGGGAGAUACCGAGUCCCCCUCCCAACAUUUUCAGCUAGGGGCCCUGAUGGCCAGGGGAAAGGGAAACCUUUGCUAAGAUCCUCAUUUUCCUCAGCAUGACCAGAGCUGAGCCACCAAAUUGGAAGCAGCCAGGGGGAGGAGAAGCCCCCCAGCUGCCCACGCAGCUUGGGAGAAAUGCAGCCGGGCUCUGUUCCAGCUGAGUCUCCCUCACGCAGCUCGUGCUGCUGGAAAAUCUGGCACGGUUUCCAGGAUGGCGUGGCCAGGCUCCCUUCACCUUCUGUGUACAAUUGUAACUGUUCUAAUGCUCGGAUAAGACUGCAGAUCUCCUGAGCUCCCCUGAAUGAGAGGAAUAAAGCAGGGAGUAUAUACUGAAGUCAGUGAAGGAAAAGCUGUUUCCAGAUGGGAAGAGAUUGAAGAGAUGCCACGGACAGGUUGGCUGAAAAACCUUUUUUGUGGGCUAUGGGGGGACUGGACUACACUGAAAAUUCCUUUAAAUUGUGGAGAACUACUUUGGGGGGUUGAAGUGUUGGAGAGAAAGAUCCUUUGCCCAAGGGAAUGGGGGUCUCUGUUCUGGAGACUAGAAAGAUGGACAGAGACAUUUGAUGGAAAGAGAGAUGAAGAGAAUUUUUGUCUUUGAACAGCUUGCCCUUAAAAGUAACCCCCCCAUGUGUUUGACAUAACCCAUAACACAGCUCUGGAAAGACUGUGAAGAUGGAAGGAGUUUCCACGAUUUGCAGAUUUUUCCCCGGAUGCAAAUUGUGAAAGUGAAGACACCCACUAUGGCUAAACCAAAAAAGAACUUUUCUCUCUAGAGUGAAUUGAAAUAACUAUUUAAGUGGAAAACGGACUGAAGUGUUCUCUGUAUGUUGCUGUUAAGAAAUAUGGAAAGUGGUGAGGGAGGAAGGAGGGAGUGAUCUGAAAGUCUUAUUCCAAAUUCCUUAUUUUCUCUGUAUUAUUAAUAAAUUUUCUUUUAUACCGUU